GAGCACAGGCUGGGUCCCCGGCACCGAGGCUGAGGGACCCGCUGCAGCUCUGUCGCCGGAGAGGGAGGGCCCCGCUGCCGUCGGACAGAGCCCCUGGACUCCCAGGUUCCUUGCCAGGGAGGAGCAGGAGAAAAAAUCCAUCUGCCAGGGCUGAGCGUGGCCUGGUGUUAUCAGCACCACAGACAUCACUCCUGGAAUGCCCCUUCCUGAGCCCAGUGAGCAGGAGGGCAAGAGCAUGAAGGCUGGCCAGGAGCCGUCCCCUGAGCCGGGCACAGAUGUCAUCCCAGCAGCCCCCAGGAAGCCCAGGAAGUUCUCCAAACUGGUCCUGCUGACAGCCUCCAAAGACAGUGCCAAAGUGGCUGGGGCCAAGCGCAAAGGAGUGCACUGCAUCAUGUCCCUGGGGGUGCCCGGCCCCGCCACUCUUGCCAAGGCCCUCCUCAAGACCCAUCCUGAGGCUCAGCGGGCAAUCGAGGCGGCCCCCCAAGAGCCUGAGCAGAAACGCAGCAGGCUGGACCCAGGCGAGGCUCCUGGGGCUGGCGCUGGCCCCUCCCCAGGACAACCGGAUGCAGAAGCAGACGGAAAAGAAGCCAGUGGAUUAGCUGAGGGGCCUCCCGGAGUGGGCAGGGAGGAGUGUGCUGCCACCUGCCCCUGUGUGCCCAGCAUGUCCCCUUAACCUUGAUCGCCGCACGGUGUGGUGUCCUGGUGGGUCUGCGAACUGUGAGCAGGUUCUACUCCUUCCCACACUUCUGGGGCCUAGUCGUCCAUGGAUUUACACUUUCAACAUUGUGUACUUUUUUUAGAUCAAGCAUAAAUACUUUUGCAAGCAGGAAAAAAAUCAAAAGCGUCCUUACACUAGACACCAUCAUGGACAGGUUUUAGACAUUCUGGCAUUCUGGUCCUUUGAGGCCCAGCUCCACCCCACCAGCCUGGGGCCCCCCACCCCACCAGGCCUCACCUGGACCUUCCCCAGAGCUGCCUGGACACUAGGCAGGAUCCCGGAGGUUUCACCUUCCCACUGUCCUUGGCCUGAAAGGGGACAAUAGGACCUCCCCCUGGGCCCCUGCAAAGCCAGAUUCCUGAAGCUACCUGACCCUUCCCUCCAGGGGCCUGUUCCCAGGAGGCCUCAGGCCCCCUCUUGUGGGGCCCUCCCAGGAUGCCCUUCGGUCACUGCCUUCCCUGGCCAAGUCUCACCUCCUUCAGGAAGCUUCCCAGACUGAUGGCUCCCAGGCACCAAGCCCAUCCUCCAAAAUCCGGGCAGGCGCCCUGCUGAGAAUGGUGGGGGCCUCAGGAUUGUGCUCAGGAAGGGCUGGGCUUGCAGUUCGUUGGUGGGUACAGGGAGGCUCCUGACGAGUGCAUGGCAGCCCACCAUGUUCUUUCCAGAGGGUUUGGGGGCUGAGGGAGAUUCCUGGGAACCUGAGCCCUUCCCUAAGCCCGCUGGCACUGCCCCUGCUGGAGGAGGAGGUGAAGGGAACACACAGCACUCUCCCUGAACUCCCAAGUCCCGGGGGGCUUCCAGAGGCCCCCAAGGGCAAGGCUACAGCCUCUAGCUGCUUCCCCGCUGGGUCCUCAUUCUUUGAGAACCGCCUCUGGGCACAAGGAAACACUAUUUUUUUAAUGUAGGGUUUAGAGACUGUUUUCAAACAUUUUUUUCAAAUUUAAUCAGCAUCUGUCGCCUCCCUCUUAGGAAAAAUUAAUCAUCACGUGGCACAUUUUCCUCCCUCAGGUCUCCAUUUUGUGAUAUUAUUUUUACAGGGUUGCUGUUUAUAACUGCUAUGGGUCACAUGUGUCCCCCAAAAGUUCAUGUAUUGGAAACUUAAAUAUAACAGUGUUAAGAGGACAGGAAAUCCUAUUAUGGUCUGGCGGGGUUUGAGGCCAGGUUGAUCCCCCUGGUGAAUGACUUAAGUCCUCUGCUCUAGGGGAGGGUUGACCAGACGACCCGUGACUCCCAUCCAGACUUGGGAACUCAUUGUCUCAAAAAUGCUGGUGCAGUGUGUGUGUCCCAGGACUGAGCCCCGAGUGACAGGGACAAGGCGAAGUUGGAGAGGGGCUGUGGGCUGAGGAACAGAUCCAGUGGUUCCAGUUGCAGUUUGCCUGUGCAGGGGGCAGGAGCCCAGGAUGGGCUGGCCUUGGCUUGCUUUUCUGUUGCUUUGAGUCAGAUGCUCUGGUGGGAAUUUAUAAGAUCAGAUCUAAAGUAAAAAUAAGGGCUGGCCCGUGGCUCAGGAGAGUGUAGUGCUGAUAACACCAAGUCAAGGGUUAAGAUCCCCUUACCGGUUAUCUUUUAUUAAAAAAAAAAAAAAGUAAAAAUAAAUUCCUGCAAGCUCACCCCAUGUUCCCCCAAUUACACUCCCACCCAGUAAAAAAUGAGAAUGUACCAGACGGUUUUCUAUGAAUGCUCUUUCAUGCUGUUUUUUAGAAAAUGAGAUAAUACUCUUAAACUGUAUCUUUCUCUAAGUAUGUAAAAGAACUAUCUCUGUGAUCAUACAUAAAGCGGAAUGUAAUUAAAAACUUCUGUAUAAUCACA